AUGCGUCUGAAGUUAUCAUGUCUUGCAGCUGUGGCUUUGGCUCUACUUCCAACCUCGGUGCUUGGCCGGGGGAAGAAGAUCGCCUUUGGUCGGGACGUACAAUUGCUGGCAGAGCUUGGGAUCGAGCCGAAUAUCGGUCGUUAUGAUCAUGCGAACCUGCACUCGGUCAUUUCACACUCAGCGAUGGCGAAUGUGAAGGAUGAGUACAUCUCGAUUCCCAUCGAUCAUAACAACGCGUCAGCUGGGACAUAUAGGAAUCGGUUCUGGGUCAGUGACGAGUUCUAUCAAGCUGGGAAACCGAUCAUGGUCUAUGACGCUGGAGAGACAGACGCAGCGCCGGUCGCCCAGGCACACCUGACAUCGUCGCUGUCAUUCUUCAGGUCAAUGUUGGAGGAGUUCAAUGCCAUGGGGAUUGUGUGGGAGCAUAGAUACUAUGGCGAAUCGACCCCAUACCCCGUCAAUUAUGAUACCCCGCCGGAAAGGUAUCGGUACCUCACAAUCAAACAGGCGCUCGCAGAUCUCCCGUACUUUGCACAGAAUUUCAGUCGUCAAAGCUAUCCUGAUGUCGAUCUUACCCCCGAAGGAACCCCGUGGAUUAUGCUCGGUGGCUCUUAUGCUGGGUUCCGCGCGGCCUUGACUCGCAUCGAGUACCCAGAUACGAUCUAUGCUGCCUGGGCCUCCUCCGCGCCAGUGCAAGCUCAAGUGAAUAUGACGAACUACUUUGACCAGGUUUAUCGUGGAAUGGUGGCGAAUGGGUGGACCAACUGCACGAAGGACAUCCGCGCUGGACUGGAGUACAUUGACGAGCAGCUCUUGAAUAACGCAACGGCGGCGUCAAUCAUGCAGCUGUUCCUGGGUCCUGGGGCCGAAGUCAACUCGAACGAAGACUUCACGGCCGCUUUGGUGACCAUGUAUGGUAGUUUCCAGUCCUAUGGAAUGGACGGGGGCUCGGCGAGUUUGGGAGCAUUCUGCGAGUAUAUGGAACUUGAUCCGAACACCAACCAGACAGCCGGUCCCGACGGGCUAGCCCCCACAUACGGCAAUCAGUUCGUGGCGGAGCGCUGGGCGGCGUGGCCCGUGCUGACUGACCUGAUUAACCAGAACAUGGACACCAAUUGCAGGAGCCGCAAGACCAGCCUUGGCCAAGAAUGCGAUCUAAGCAAGCCGUACGGUGACCCUUCGGCCAUUAGCUGGACCUGGCAGUAUUGUACCGAAUGGGGAUUCUACCAGGCCAACAACGCAGGUCCCCAUGCGCUACUCUCGCGUUACCAGACCCUCGAGUAUCAGCAGCAUAUCUGCAACCGACAAUUCCCCAGCGCGAUCGAGAAGGGACUAUUACCGCCUCAGCCUCUGACCGACCAGACCAACGAGGAGUUCGGCGGAUGGACGAUCCGGCCAUCGAACACAUAUACCAGUGGAGGGGAGUUUGAUCCGUGGCGGACCUUAUCGGUUUUCUCCACAGAGGAUACGGCGCCCCAAGGCAUCCAAAUUUCCAAUCAGAUCCCAGCCUGCGGGGCGAAGACCAAUGAGAAUGUCAUAUUUGGAUAUGUCCUGGAGAACUCGGAACACUGCUUCGACUUUCAGAUGCCACCCUCGGCGGGGAAACUGUCACGCGCGCUAUUCACCUCGGCGCUGUUGCAGUGGCUGCAGUGCUUUGGAACAGGAGCGGAGACGUCGACCAAAAGCUGAAAAGGCUGGCCAGCAAGGAUGACGAUGGGUGGAUGGAUGGAUGAAUGAAUGAAUGAAUGAAUGUAAAUAUGAGUAGAAGCA